AUGCCUUCGCAAAGCCAAGAAAUCAAUAUCGAUAUAAACUCCAACGAGGACUCCGGUUCGAUAAAUGAGCCGAGGGAAGAAAGGAAUCAAGAGAUUAAGUAUGUGGCAGAAAAGAACGGAAGCAACGCUCCAGCCGGCCUUAGCUCGGACCAAAAGCUAGCUUUCGCCCUAAGAGACUUCCUGGGGCCCGCCAACAACAUGGUUCUCGCCGAUGACACACCAUCUCCGUCCAACAUUGAGCAAAAAUUGCCUUACAUAGAUGAAAUUCUAGAUACAGAGCUUGUCGCUUCUGAUGAGGAGGUGAAAACGUGUCAGGAGACUGAAGAAGUGCUGAACAAUGCGGCAUGUAGGUUGAGACGGUGGCGUGCAGCCUCUCGUAAACUUAGAAGACCACGUAUAAUUGAUAAUUUGUGUAACAGCAAAGAGUGUGGUGGGAAGAGUUUCAGUGGUGGUCAUACGGAUCUGGCUGACCGGCUGCGCAGCUUAGCUGCUGCUGGUAGCAUGUCUGCUUCAGCUGGAGAGCUGAUGUCGUUGGCUCCUCCACCACCAGCCGCGACAGCACCGCCCUCGCCUGGAUGCUUACUGACACCGACACUGGCCGAUCAGAGUUCUGCUGAAUAUUUCGGAUCUAGUCCAGAAUGCAGCAUAGACAUCGUCGGCACCAAAAAAACAAAUGCAAUAGGAACGCCCGUGCCACCGCCCGGGCCAAGGUACAAACUGGCAACGGAAGGGACCCUGAGAAUAUGUUCCUUUCAGCACACAAGGACUGUCGUGGAUAAAAUUCUCGCAGCCAAGUUCUUCAGGAGAUGGGAAAGUCACGUUCUGUGCCUGCUGGAUGAACACAUUGUGUCUAAAACACCUUGUGGUCAAAUGGAACGGCCGCUAACAUACAAUUCCAUGCAAGAAGUGUACUGCAUAUCGCGAUGGGAUCCAGCCAGAAAAUACUGCUUACGGAUAGUGAUGCCUCAUGGUUCGUUACUUCUACAGGCUAACGAUGCAUACACAAGAGACCAGUGGUACUACUCGAUUGUAUGGAGAAGAAAUAUCUUACGGUACAAGAAUAUCCUAACGAAAUCGGUGAGAAAAGAAAUUGUACUGAAGGAAUUAAAGGUGAGUUCUUCUUAA